AUCAGCUGUUUGUACGCGGUCUGUAUUGUGAUCUGCGGAUCAGCUGGGCGAAGCAAUAACAUCACAAACACACACAAGCUGCAGAUGCUACGGCUGAAGCGACGUGUAAAACAACAUUUACACGCAGAUUUCUUCUAAGAAGAAGUACUUUUUCUUUUUUUUUGUGAAAUUACUACCUCAUACAAAAAGAACACCUAAAGCUAUGCUUUAAGAUUUUUGUGUUUUUUAUUGUGUGGUCGUUGCGUUUACAACUUUACAACAAAUUUUGCAUCUAAGACAGAUCUCUGCACCAAGUGAGACCUUAUAUUAUAUUGCGCCUUCUCUGUAGACUCAAAAAAGGCCAGUACACCUGUGAUCAACCUGCCAUCUGUUACAUCACUGAAAAAAUACAAAAAACUAGCCUCUUUAGUUAAUUAAACAGCUAUUUAAAAAAAAAAAACCUUCUAAGGCAGCUAUCCCUCAGGGAAAAAAACUGUGACCUUUGACCUCCGAGGCAGCCAUGUUCCAGCGGUUCACCAGUUUGUUCUUUGGAAGCGAGGAAGAAGUUACUCCAGAUCUGAAGGGACCAAAGCCCUGUGUAUCUGAGGCUGAUGAAGAGGGAUGGCUCCUGGUCAGUCUGCACGGUGAGGAUGGGCCAGAGGCAGCAUCAGUAGCAUGUGCCCGUCCCCGCAGUGAAUGUCAUGCAUCUCAGAUAUGCAGCCCCUCUCCUCCCACCUGCAGAAACCGCAGGACUAGAUCAGGCAGGAUACAGGCAGCACAUGCUCCCUCCCCUCCCAUCUGCUCUCCUCCUGAUCCCACCUCCUUCUCUCACCUUGAUUCAGUAGAAGUGAAUGUGUUGUUAAGCGAGCGGGGAUCAUGUUCCUGCAGCAUGGAUGAGAGCUGGUUUGUCACCCCUCCGCCCUGUUUUACUGCAGAGGGAGCCACGGCGGAGGCCAGCCCCAUGGAGGACCUCCUCAUCGAGCACCCCAGCAUGUCUGUGUACGUCUCCGCUGGCCCUCUCCCUGCGGUGGAAGAGAGCACCACCAGCCUGGCUGGCAGUGUCAGCAGGAUGUCUGAAUCAGCAGCACCCGUAAUGGCCAGGAGCAGCAUGCCCACACGGGUGUCCCGAGGAGCAGCCGCACAGGCAGGGGCCCUGGCUAAAGUCACCCAGGUCUCCAGGGUCCAGAGGGCCAAAGCCCGCACUGAGCGUCGCCAACUGGCUCGCAACCGCAUGCAGCGUCAAAACCGUGUGCGUGAACAGGUGCAACGGCGCGCGACCCACACCCGCAACUCCUUCCUGCACCAACCGUGCCAGCGCAACUUCAGCCACUGAUGCAUUAAAGUUUACAUUGAGGGCAUUUUAACCCACCCCAAGAAAACCCACACCUCCCAACGAAUCCCCUACCUUCUCAAGUUCUCCUUUUGCUUUUACUGGUUAUAUCCAUAAUGUUAUUCAUUUUCAUAUUAAUCAGGUUUGUCGUUGAGCACAAGCCAGUUUAUCCUCUUUUCAUUCUUAUCUGAAAAACCCACUACCAAGCACAAUUACUCUAAGACGAUUAAUGUAUUUGCUUAAAUGGCCAUGCACCUCCAAUAACACCUAAAUCAGUUUCCCUAUCUGGGUGUGUAGCUGAAAAGGAGACAUGUGUAAACUAUUUAUCUUUACAUACACCCCUUUAAAUGUAUAACAAUGACACUUCAGGUACAUUGACACUAUUCGUUGAAACAUAAUCAGGUUAAAUUAUCAAAAAUCCAACCACUGAAUGCUUCAUAGAAAUAUGAUCCUAAGAUCACGUCACACUAAGAGAACAAAAAGCUACUACAGCAAUGAAAAGUUCUCUUUAAGACAGCAAGAAUGAAAAGUAUGUAGAUAAAGUGUGAGCAAGAAUAGUUAGCAGAUACAUGCAGUUGAGAGUUUGCAGAUUAAGACAAAUCUAGCCAGAAUUGUUUGUUAAGAGGUCAUUUCAAAGCAGAUGUUGCUGCCUGAUUUUCAGCAUAGUGGUGCUAACUUUCAAAAGUAAUUCAACUCCCAAACAAUUUCAUUUAAUUGCUUGCUUUUGAAUGACCUCUGUUCCUAAACCUAGUACACCUAAACAGCAUUUAGGAAACAAGGCAGUAUCCAUCCAAGAAAAAGAAGAAAUCAAUUCUAGAUGGUGGAGAAAGUGGGCACUGUCAAUUUUAUACAUAGUCUGAAUGGGAAAACAUACCCCAGUGCAUUUAUAAAUAGAUAUUUACAAACAAUAUUUAGAUGUGCUAUGAUAGUUUGAGCUUAUUAGAGCAUUGCCUUGCCUUAGCUUAGCAACAUGGUAAUAUUAAAUUCUAUUUGAAUCAACUGUAAGCAUCAAAACGCUUGUGUAUUUAGUAAUUCGUUCAGUACCAAAAAGGCAACAUGCUACCAUCAAACUCUAUUAAUAUAUUUUUUUAUUUAUGUCUCUUGAGGCAGCUUCUCAAGGUAUCUAGCUCACUAGAUUUUGAAACCGAACCUUCAGGUAAACUGACAGAGGAGUCCAUCAUGGAUAGUACUCAUAUAACAAUAACAAAAUAUUACUAAGAAAAAUAAUUAUUCUUUUUCAAUGAUCUUUUAGGGAUAUAGCCAUUUAGCAUUUCCGUAAAACAUGACAUGAGCUAAAGCUGACAUGAUAGCUUCCCUGUCAACAUCUAAUCUAUUAGGAAGCAAUCGCAGGAGUAUCGGGGCAAUGUGCAAUGUCUUUACAGAUCAGCUUAUAGAGCUGAGGAGAGGUUGCCGUAGAUUAUGGAUACAAUUGCUUAUAGAAUGUGCAGAAUAGUAUCGAUUGUGACUCUUUAUUUGCUUCAUGGAGGAUUACUGUUUGGUGAAUUCCAUAAUCUGCAAAAUAUAGUUACUUUAGAUUUUGGGAUGCAAUAUGUC